AUGAUCUCUCGAAAUUGCUAUCUCCAGUCAGUUUUACAACAAAUCAAUGCCCUUGUAGACUCGGGAGCUGAUGUUUACGCCUUAAUCCAUCCUAAGGUGGUUGUCAAGUUGAUACCUUAUGGUCUCCGAACGAGAAAGCUGCAGGAACCUCAAGGAAUAGAAGCCUUCGAUGGCAGGCCUGCGAGACCCAUUACUCACGGCAUUCGAGCACCUUUGAUAGUGGGGAACCGGAAACAGGACAAGGUGCCUAUGCUGAUUGCGGACACGGGUCAGCAUGACAUGAUACUUGGAAGACUUUGGUGCGCGGACAGAGGCGCCCUGAUUGACUGUAAAAACUUACAGCUCAUCUGGCCCGAGCCAACGAAAGAAGAGGAAGGGCGAAUCAUGAAGGAAGAAGUGGCUUGUCAGAUCACAAGGCCAAUCCCUAUCCAGAUCCUAAGGCGCCCGACAGUGGACGAAGCGCAUCAGAAAGACGCAGAAAGAAGGGAUACAGCAAUCGAACGGGCCGAACAGCGAGAGCAAGCCACAAAGCGAGUAAUGGUG